UGUUCCGUGUUUAUGUUUAAUUUGUUGUUAAAAUGUCUGCUAAAAGAAUUCGAGGAAAGAACUUUUCCGAGCAGGAAGAACAUGUUCUAAUUGAUCUCGUGCUGUUGAAAAAGGAUAUUCUGCAGGACAAGAAGAAAGAUGCCGCAACUUGGCGAAGGAAGGCUGAAACGUGGGAGCAACUGGCCGCGGAGUUUAGGGCACAAACAGGGACCGACCGAACGUGUGCUGCCCUGCGGGAAAAAUACGAUAAUAUGAAGAAAAAUUCCCGGAAUAAGUACAGAGGAGUCAAGAACUGGGACCACGAAAGGGAACUCUCUGUUGCAGGAAGUUCAUGGUGUUCCAGGUCCUCAAUGACGGAUAACAAUGAGGGACAUAUAGGAAACACCACCACCACCCCGCUGGAAAACCAGUUUGACAGCGACGGAAACUUCCAGUUAAUAAAUGUAGCCAAAGAAGAAAAUCCUUCAAUCAGCUCGAAAAACUCAGAUAGCUCCCAAUUACUGCAGAACAUUGAUGAUAUCGACGACCCCGAGGUAUCCAUCCUAGAGGCUUCUCAAAGAUGGAAGGCGAAAAGAUUAAGGGAAUGCGGUUCUCCAACUUUGCCACAAAUCAAUAGAUCACCCCGCACCGAAAAGGAGCAGGUUGAAUUGUUUAAGCUACAACAGCAGUAUUAUAGAGACCAGAACUCCAGAGCCGCUGAACAACACAAAUACGAAGUAGAGAAACAAAUUGUUGAACUGCAAACGGCUCGAUUGAAGAACCAAUUACUUGAAAUGGAAAUCGAAGUAAAACGCGAAGAACUAGCUAAAAUUAAGCAAACUAAUUUAAGUUAGUUAAACUGUCCAAAGAAUCAAAACUGAGACUUUUAUGUUAAAAGUUAAUACUCACCUGAUUUAUGUAUCUAUACGCGAACGAAUCUCCAUUUUGAACUAGAAAAUCGACAUUAAUUACAAGUAUUUAAGACAAUCCAUUGACAAGAGGACAUUAGAAUAUAUUGAAAAAUAUAUAUUUAGUUCGAUUUCCAAAUUUGGAAUACUUUAAACAAAUCAGACCCCUACCUAAGGUUCA